AUGGCUUGCUUCAUCCCCCUUCUGGGCCUCUGCUCCCUCGCCGUCGCCAACCCAAUCGCCGGCGCCGUGGACCAUAUCGCACACCACGUCAAGGAUGAUUUCUCAGCCAAUGUCUCAACCCAUACCACAGGUGACUUCUCAGCCAAUGUCACAACCGACGUCGGCGCACACAUCCCACUGAGCACUGACUAUGUCGGUUGCUACGCCGAGCCUCUUGGGGGAGCACGUGCUCUCACCCGUGCCAGCCUCAAGCACCCUGCCUUGACCGUUCCCGUAUGCCAGGACUUCUGCAAGGGCUACCGAUUGUACGGCCUUGAGUUCGGAAACGAGUGUUAUUGCGGAUAUAAACUCGACAGUGGGGCGUUCCAAGUCCCUGACAGUGCCUGUGGUGCUCCCUGCAUUGGUGACCUCACUCAGACCUGUGGCGGGAACAACUUGCUCAGCCUUUACAAGUCGAACUUCACGCUGCAGGUGCCCAAGGUCGAUUACACCCCUAAGGGCUGCUUCGCCGAGCCUCCGAAUUCAAGGGCUUUGCGCAGAGUCAUCGCCACAGACAAGGUAUGUCUCGCGUGUUUGUGCUCCGUUCAUGCCGCAGGCCAGCAUAACUGA